UGUGUACGCGGGCGGUCCCCACACAUGGUAACCAGGGAAACAUUCAUAGUAUUCAGCAUCUUAAAAAGUGCUACUUACAAAACGCGUAUCGUUUUUCUUUUCUUGGCUAUUUUAAUACAGUGAUACUUCAAAAAUGUUUCAGUUUAGAAGAACCUUUGAAAACGAAAAGCAUCAGCUGCAGGAGCUGAAUACGAGACUAGGUCAGUACCUGUCCAGAGUGAAGCAGUUGGAGCAAGAAAAUGCUUUCCUUGCAAAGGAGAUCAACAUCGUUCGGCAGGAGAGGACGGUGGAGUGGGGAAAUCAGCACAAGGCGGAAUUGCGCGAGCUCAGGAGAACGGUGAACCAGUUGGCCUUUGAGAAGUCCAAAGCGGAGAUGGAACGGGAGAAGAUGUGGCGCGAACUCCAGGUGGUACAAGACAUGUAUAAUAAGGAAACAGGGCUGUGCAGAAACUUCGAGGUGGAAGUGAAAGGUUGCGAGAAGCAGCUGCACCAAACCAUAAGGACGAACCAAGACUUGGAGGAGCGGCUGUUCCAGCUCGAGCACGAAUACAAGAGCCUGGAAGAUGCCCAACAGCAAGAAAUUGUCCAUGUCAGAAAACAGGUCUAUUCCAUGGCAAUGCCCGUCCCUGCCCGUCAGAAUUAUCGGGCAACAACAGCACUCACUACGGAGGAAAUCGAGCAAUACGCGCAAACCCUGUCCGACAGUUGGACGGAGAAUUUCGAGAUGUACCAGAGGAAGAUUGAAGAGCUGGAAGAGUCCAUCAGAGCAGACGAAGCGAAGUUCGAGGAUCUCCAACGGGAAAAGAUGCAGUACGCCACCGAGCUCAAAAAACUUCAAUCGGAAGCUGAGAAGCAAAAUCAGUUGCAUGCAAACCUCGAAGAGCAAAUUAUGAACAUCCAAGAUAGUUGCCACAUGGAGCUUGAGCAGUACCAGGCAAUGAUGCAGGACCUGGAGGACGAGCGGCAGGCUCUGGCCGUCGCCAUUGCUGAGAAACUGCGAGACCACCAGGAGCUGAUGCAGGUGAAGAUGGGCCUCAGUCUGGAAGUAGCAGCCUACAGGUCAUUACUGGAAGAAGAGAGUAAAGAUGUGUUGGUCUGGACAGAUCAGCAUUCAAGAGGAACAUCCAGGAGAAUAGAUGUUAAGGCACCAGCUAUGAAACGGUCAACAGUGAACUGGCAAGAUAUGAAAAGGCAUCCUACAACCAGCACGGCUUAUAACAUCCGGUACAUGGAGCCGACGUCUAGCCCCAGAACUUUUUCCACAUCCGGCCAGCUUAAAUCCAACAUCACAAGCAGUGCCACGAAGACAGUCACCUCCCGAAGAGAUCACCGAAGUCCUCUGGCUAGAAGGGACAUGCUUUCCUUUGCCAGUGCGUCACGACACCGGGUUGCCUCUAGUUCUCCAGCAUCUGCACGUCCAGGAGCUGAGGAACGGGCCGUUGGCAUCCAAAAGAAAACGACAGUGCACGAGAUGGUGAGAAGCAAGGAAGCCUCCCAGAAUUCAGCCAGAGAAUUGGCGCGAGAUCGGCAAGCUGGUGCUGCGCAUGGAUCCGGGGUCGCUUCCUCGCCAAAGUCCCCGGGAGUGAAACCGAACAUAGAGGACGCCGUCGGGAAGUCCGUAAGGGUUGUGUCACCCCCGAUGAUGAGCCUGGUCAGUGAUACGGUGAAAGAGGAUGACAACAGGAAAGUCCAGAGUGUGAAAGUUAUCAAGGUGGAGGAGACAGAACUCAAGGCAGAAACCACCCCAAGCAAAGUUGCAGCAAGUCACAGCAGAGGAGAUGCAGGGAGCUCUCAAAACCUCACUGGGGGAACAUGGCGCCAUGAUGGGAACGAGCCAGAAGGUGGUGUUGAGUCACCAUCAGGAAUUAAGUGGGAUUUGGAUGAGGCGGACACAGGGGAGGAGAUGUUCCCAGAGGAGCAGAAGGUGUUACACUCAAUCUCCAUGGAAGAUAUCAUUGAGACGGUUGUGAAGCCUGUGGGCCUGGACACUAAGCUAAUAGCAUCCCCAGACUCCAAAGUCACCUACCAUGUGGAGAAGAUGGAGGACGAGGAUGGAACCACAAAGACCAAGAUCAUACUACAGUCCAAGGUGGAGGAGGAACUAGACAUGUCUGAUGAAUCUGCACUGGAGGAGCUCCUUGGCCAUGGGGGGAAGACGGUCUCCCUUGAGGACAUCAAGGGAACCCCAACAGGCGAUAUGAUUCAGAACCUGCUGAGUCUGGGGCUCCAGGGUGGGGGUGCCUCCCUGGAAAACAAGUCAAUCAAUGUGGAGAUCAUUGAGGAACCAGUUGAGGACCAAAGUGAUGAAGAGACUGAUGAGAAUCCAGCAGCCAAACCUUUCCAGUCUUCCAAGUUCUUCCAGAUAGAAGAACUGGAAAACGAGUCUUCCCAGCUCACAGAGGGCAGGACCGAGGCAACAAAGGCCUCCGUAGCCGCUGGAGGCUACCGUAAGGUUGAACUGGCCACAUUUCCAGAAGGUACUGGUGGCUCUCCAUACUUCACCCAGGUUCAAGAAGCAGAGUACUUUGUCUCCACCCCUGAUGAGCAUGCAUCAGAGCCUGAGGAAGAAGGUGACUUCUCAUCCUAUGGACAUUAUGGGGCAGAGGAUCACUGGUUAGAUGAGAGGUACUACCAAAAGGAAGAGAAGCCCAAAACCAGAAGGGGCGAUUCCUCACCCAAUGGGGGUGAAUUCCCAGAGCGCAUCAUUAAGGAGGAGGUUCGGGUCUCACCUUCAGUGCAGGAGACGAUGCUGGGAAUCCUGAAGCAGGACACGAUGGACACAAAGCAGCAGUUGAGGGGGACCCUGGAGCAGCUGCACGGGACAGUCUCUGGGCCCCUGCAGGAGGACUUGGAUCUCUUCAUGAGGGGUGACGGAGAAGGCCCCGAAAGCCUGAAUGUCAGGAAAGUACAGCAGGUUUCAGAUAAUGGGAAAGUAACCAUCGUGGCAGAGCUCAAUGUCUCCCAGACGCUGGGAGAUUCUGGACCCCUGGGAGAGGAAGCGGACAUGUCAGAGGAGCAGAUCAUGGCGGCACUGCGCUCUGGCGACCAGGACCUUCAGCACGCAUUCAGUACCAGAGGGGGAUACACAGUCAGAGUCUCGGACGACAACAAAGACGGAGGCGGCUACGCCGAGGAGUCGGUCACCGAGGUCAGCAGAACAGAGAAGCACAUCAAGCUAGGGCCCUCUGAGAAGUCGUUCACUUUCCAGAUGGAUGCAAGCGACGGGAAUUAGCUGCCCUAAAUAGCUUUGGUCUGCAAGAAUGGUGAGGGGAAGGACCCAAUGACUGUGGAAGAUAUAGGUAAAGGUACGUAACAACUGCAUGCCAGAGUUGGAGAGUCAAUUCCAUUUCCUAAAUUAUGUUUAUUCAUUUAAAAUCAAUCUUCAAAAAAUGAACUAACUGAACUGGAAUGGAAAAGUUACCCCCAACACUCCUGCAUUCAAGAUAGUGAUUGGGAAGCAAGUGCAAGGGAGAAGUGUUGAGCCACGGUGAAGAUCAGGAAGAUGGUAUGAGAAAGUGUGAAAAGCGGUUCUUAGGAGAGUGUGGAAUUUGCCCCUACUAACAGACUGUUUGAAAUCACUCAUGAAAAGCGGUAGGCUACCUUUAUGAGCACGUUUGAUCUCUGAAAUCAUGGAGCGCAAUUCAAUUUUGUUUGUGUCUCCUCCUAGGGCAUAUUAAAGCAACAGUAUUACAUUUGUUCUCCAUGUUAAUUUAUGCUCAAUCAGCAUGCAACACAGAUGAUCAAUUCUAAAGAUACCAAAAUUCCAGUGUUUGUUGGGAGUGAUAUCAUGGCUGAAGAAAUUGUAUUUUAUGAACAUUAUUCUGAUAGAAUAGCAAGCUUUUUUGCAAUAUGUAUUAUUUGUGUUUUGUUUGAAGAACAUACGAUGUAUCUGUUUUGUUGCACAUCAAAUUAGCUUUUUAAAGUAGCACUUUGUCUUUUGCUGUGAGACAUUGCGUUCUCUUUAAAUAUAUUUUUGUACUUGCAUAACAUUGGUCUCUCACUGUGCUAAAAAAACUUAGUCUAAACAUGCAUCAAUGCUAAAUGAGCACUUAUGGCUACCUUGUAAUAGGUUGAUUUAUGGUUUCUAUAUACGUAAAGCCUAUUCUUAUGGUAACAGGCUAUUGCUUAUGUAUUAGAUGAUAUGUUAAAUGAUAUAUAAUCAAACGCUGACAUUUGAUUUGUAUAAUGGUCUAACAAAUUAACAGUUAGUGUUGUGAGGAACUAUAAUAUUAAACAAUAUUAUAUACAGGACAUCCAAUAUAUAAAACUGUUCUUAUUUUUGCCAAUUUUGAGUGGAUAAUGUCAUUUAACCUUGAUGCAAACCAUAUUUACCUAGACAGUUUUAUCAUGUCUGGUAUUGAUUCAUAGAGAAAAAAAAUAAGUUGCCAUAUAAAAAUCUACUUUGAUGCAAUACAUGAUGUGGUGCAACAAUUAAUUGUAUGCCUGAAUUGUGACAGUGUUUUAGUUGAGUUUGCUUUACUCAUGAUUAUCUUUUCACACAUAAGAAUGAAACAUGUUUGAAAUAGUAGUCUAGGAAAGAAAAAAGCUAUUUUUCGCAUUUCAUCCAUUAUCAUGAAGCAAACAAAGUGAUCCAAUAAAAUCUUUGUUUUGGUGUGA